UUUUAUGUGUCAAGGAGUAGGGUCGCUUGUCCAACUUCGUGCGUUUUCCCCGAGUCCUCCGGUUUCCUCCCCCUGCUAAAGACGCCUACGAUCAAACGAAUUAUUGAAAUAAAAUUGAACCAAAUGUUAGCCCGAAAUGACCUAGUUUGUGUCAAGUUGACGUUAAACCCGAUUUCCCCCUCUCUCUCUUUUCUGGGUCGUCCGGGUUUUAUGUUCUCCAACUGCUGAAGACGCACUUGCACAAGAGGCCACUCAGAGAUCUUUCAAAAGAGGAAUCUUAUUCUUUAACUUUCUGUAACCCUAAACAUUCCCACAAGAUAUGGACAGGGAAUUCAGCCCUCAGUCUCAACAUUAUAUUAAUUUUAUUUCAGGUUGUCCAUUUGGAUGGGCACCAUUUAGGACUUCAUGUUAUAAAUAUUUCGGUGAGAAAAAAGAUUUAUCGUCUGCCACAUCAUUCUGUGCGUCCCUGAACUCUAAACUUACAACAGCUAAAGACAAAGAAGAAGUGGACUUGAUAGCAUCUAUCAGGGCCACCAUGUUAGAUAUAUGGGUUGGGCUAAAAAGAGAGUCGGAUGGUUGGUACUGGUCGGAUGGAACUAAAGCGGAAAAUCUUAAUUGGAAAGCUGAACCCCCGGCAUAUAAAAGUAUAGCAAUAUUAAAAGGUCAAGAUGUUGAUAGAAAGUUAGAUUAUCCAUGGUAUGAUUAUGGUAAAUAUCCAUUUGUUUGCCAGUAUGUACCUGGAGAACGAGCUAUUUGUAUAGAUAGACAAGACAAUUGUGAAGAUCAGAUUAAGCUUUAUCCAGCUGUUUGUACAGAAAAUGUAGGAUUUGCUAGACAGGAAUGUGCCUUUUCUUGUAAUGUCUGUGAGCCGAUUACAGGUGAGAUAUGCCAAAUAGAAGCUGCAACGGCCGGUGUGGUACAAACAGGAACUGCUACAAGUCUACAGGCUGGCCAAUCGGUAACUUACACGUGUCAAGAAGGAUUUGGUUUAAUGUCAGGUGAUCUAGGGAGAGGUUGUUUAAGAUCUGGUCAGUUGACAGGAGAAUAUCCUGUGUGUGCUGUGAAAAGUUCUCUUACAACAUUAAGUAAUAAUCUGAAUAUGGUUGAACGAGUUAAUGGUGGCAAUUGGCGAAGUGGUUUUACCGGCAUGCAGGAACAUUUUAAAAUAGACAGAGAUGGGGAAAUCACACAAUGGCAGUUUUAUAGUAGAACGCCCGGAGCAUCAGAACUGAUGGUGUGGCGACCAUCUGGAAGUUCACCAACUACAGCGAUGACACUUGUAGGUCACAACCGUGUCACAACUCGUCGUAACAGAAUGCAAUAUAUAGACAUCCCAGUAGGCCAAAGAAUACAGGUUAAGGCUGGAGAUUUGAUUGGUUUAUGGGUAGAAACUGGUACUGGCAUACCUUACGAUGAUUGCAGAGGGAGCUACUCGAUUGCAUUGAACGGCUGGUAUAAUCCAAACACGUUUGUUACUGGUAACCAGUACCCCUUCCGGUCGGAUUAUAGAUGUAGAAUCUACUCUCUGAAAGCCAAAAUUGCACCGACUGCUUAAUGGAAACGACUACAACAGACCUUGAUUUCCCAAGAUAACCAGUUCUGUUUCUUGUUGAUGUGAUCCCGUCAUAUUUAAUGUUAAUGGACAAUAAGAAUAGAGAUAUUCUGUUAAUAAUAAAGCAUACAUAUUAAUUGUUGUAAUAUGGGUAUUAAUUA